AUGCAGCGUCCCAAGGCUGCAGUGUUCUUCGAGAGGCUGGUGAGACGCGAGGCAGGAAAAGUCUUCAGUCCAUCGAAACUCCGAGAAGCCAUUAUGUUGAACCGGAUUCUUCUGCUGUGUCUUGCGUGCGUGGUCUCUGGCCAGGACGACUUCUUCGAUAGAUAUGGAUACACCAAGAUAAUGCAAAAUUGCUUCGGUGCUUCUGUCUACCAAGAGCAUCUCCAGACUUUGCUUGAGGCCCAAAGAGGAUGCUCUGGCAGGUCGUUUUCGGUGAUGCAGGAUCCAGGCAUUUCGUACAACACUGUGCAGGUUUCCGACGACCCUUACCGAGGUUUCGUCUCCACCAGUCGGAACAGGAAUCCUUUUGACUUGAAUUAUAGACCUAAUGAAUUCCAGUCCGGCUUUCCUGUAUAUCCUGAGGUCGACCCGACGCCCAUUGACUCCGGGACCUUCACCAGAUAUAGACCUGGCUUUCCCCAAUAUCCUCAAGUUUCCGACGACCCUUACCGAGGUUUCGUCUCCACCAGUCGGAACAGGAAUCCUUUUGACUUGAAUUAUAGACCUAAUGAAUUCCAGUCCGGCUUUCCUGUAUAUCCUGAGGUCGACCCGACGCCCAUUGACUCCGGGACCUUCACCAGAUAUAGACCUGGCUUUCCCCAAUAUCCUCAAGACACUCCUUCCAGUACAAGCAGACCGGGAUUCUCAACUGUUACGCCAACCACAUUUAGGCCUGGUUUUCCGACCACAGUUGGGCCUGGUUUUCCGACCACAUUUAGGCCCGGAUUUUCGACCACUGUUAGGCCUGGAUUUUCGACCACAAGUAGGCCAGGGUUCUCAACUGUCAUCUUGAGCAGCACAACGAGGCCACAGUAUCCUAACUUUUCCCAGUAUCCACCACAAAAUCAGAACAGAUACGGGUUCCUCGUUGACGGAGAGCAGAUAAGGACCUCCCUCGCCAAGGUAGAAGCUGGGAUGGGGAACCUCACUUGCGCUCUCCACAGGCUUAGUGUGAUUGACAGCAACUUGAACAUCAUUCCACAAAACAUAAACAGGCUUGUUUUUGAGAGAGUCACGGACAGAAACCUUAGGCAAGAUCUCCUUAACGGAAUCAACUUCUGCAGAGAGAUGGUGCAAUGUCUGCCCGAGGACAAAGUCGGCUCUGCUCUGCGCUACAAACUUCAGCGAAUCCUUGCUUUUAUGAAGUGUGAGAGGAAGACCCGUUUAGAUGCCUGUCUGAAGCACGACCUCAGGCAGAACAUCAAUCGCUUCGACCUCUCCGCCCUCCCUGACGACGGCGGAAGGACCGGGCCCUUGGAGAAGCUCAUGACCAUCCUCGUGGGGGCGAAAUCCCUUGACCAGCUGGAGCUUUACUGAGCUCCUCUUGGACUGUUUCCCCGUCAAUGUAUUUAGUCUAUGCGCCAACAAUUAGUUCCCAUUUUCUCUUUCCAUUUCCCGCGUUUUCUGUUUUUAAUUUCUUUGCCCUGUUUCUGUUUUCGUUCCCGUUUUCUGCGAGAUAAUGUUUCGUGUACCAUAAACUGAUGUAUUUUAUCUAGAUUUACCGGUAUGAUUUAUAUGUUCAUGUUAUGGCUAGAAUGCAUGACAAAGCAUUCAUGUACUCUCUUCCGACUGAAAAUGUAAAGACUGGAUACAUCUGGAUAUUUUUAUGUAAUGGACUGCCUGAUUGUCGUUAAGAAUCUAGAUAACAAUACUAAAACACGUUGUACUAGAUAUGAUACUGUA